CUCCAAGUCUCCAACCUAAACCCAGUGACAACGUGCUUAAACCCCCAGACCCGAAUAUCUACCCUCCAAAAGCACCACCACUGGAAACCUCUAUCAACUGAUCGGCCACACAUUCCGACGAUCUUCUAAGCAGAACCACCACCUCCACCGCUCAAACCUCCAUUUUCUUCCAAUUUCACAGCUAUACACCACUCUACCGCCACCGCUGCAACCAUUUUCCGCCGAUGAGAAGGUUCACGUGGCUAACGCCGUUCCGGCGCCACUUGCUUUCCUCUCUUUCCUCAGAACCUAUCGUCGUCGAUAAAGGAGAUUCGUUGCGCAAAUUGUUGACCUCUCGCCAAUGGCUGCUUCUCGCACGAGCUUUGGGAAAUUGCAGUUUUGUCACGAAAAUGGAGGAUUCUUUAUCGUCGAGAAUGCCGUUGAGAUUUCGUCAUAUUUAUGCUGCAGCAUAUUCUUCUUCGGCUGAACGAGAUUAUUAUCGGACUCUUGGUGUUUCUGAAAGUGCCAGUCAGGACGAGAUAAAAAAGGCAUUUCACUCGCUCGCUAAAAAGUAUCAUCCAGAUGCAAAUAAGAAUAAUCCAUCUGCGAAGAGGAAAUUUCAAGAUAUAAGAGAAGCAUAUGAGACAUUGAGAGACUCUAAAAAGAGGGCAGAGUAUGACAUGAUGCGAUCUAGAGGUUCAGAAAACAUAGAAUAUGGAGAUGCUGAUACAGAAAGGUUUAAAAAUGCUUUUCGAUCCCAUUUUUCUGAUUCAUUUCAUAAUGUAUUCUCAGAGAUAUUUGAGGAAGCAACAACUCAAUUCUCGUCAAAUAUAGAGGUGGAGUUGUCUCUUACUUUCUCAGAAGCUGCGACAGGAUGCACUAAACAUGUAUCAUUUGAUGCGUUCGUUCCCUGUGAUUAUUGCAAUGGACAGGGCUAUCCACUAAAUGCCACUCCAAAAGUUUGUCCAACAUGCAGGGGCUUAGGCCGAGUUACAAUCCCACCAUUUACAUCAACAUGCAUUACUUGCAAAGGAUCUGGCCGUAUCAUUAAGGACCUGUGUAAGUGGUGUGGGGGAUCUGGGGCUGUUGAAGGAAUGAAAGAGGUCAAAGUUACAAUACCAGCAGGCGUGGACUCAGGAGAUACAAUCCAUGUGCCAGAAGGUGGGAAUGCUGCUGGAAGUGGAGGUCGACCUGGAAGUUUGUACAUUAAGAUAAAGGUGGCUGAGGAUUCAGUCUUUGUCAGAGAUGGUGCAGAUAUCUAUGUGGAUUCUAAUAUUAGCUUUACACAGGCUAUUCUUGGUGGCAAAGUUGAUGUUCCUACUUUAUCUGGGAAGAUGGAAGUAAAGAUACCUAAGGGUGUUCAACCAGGACAGCUUCUGGUCUUUAGAGGCAAAGGAUUGCCAAAGCAUGGGUAUCUUAUACAUCAUGGGGAUCAGUAUGUGCGUUUCCGUGUUAAUUUUCCAACUGCAAUUAACGAACGACAACGUGCUAUACUUGAAGAAUUAGCGAAGGAGGAAAUAAAGGCAGGAAACAGCUCAUCAUUUGAAGAAAACUGGUGGCAGCAAGUUCUUGAAUACAUGACGGGCUCAAAGUUUUUGCUGGAGCUAUCUGUGCUGACAUUAUUCCUUCUCUUCAUUAACAAAAUGUUGAACUGAUAUUGCUCAAAGUUCAAACACAAUAGCGGUGGACUUGCCGAAGACAAAUAUACAUCUGAUUGCUGUAUUCUUCUCCCUUUCAGAGUAUGUACAGUAGAAGGUUAUAGAUAUAGUGAAGCAAGCAUCAUUUCAGAUUUUAUUGAAUACGGGAAUAAAUGAACAACGGACUACGGAAAUCAAGGUUAUUGCUGAAUGUAGCUAUUACUUGGCGUCUGGUCCCUUUUCAGGUUAUCAAACUAUCGGUGAAUAUGAUUGAUUGCACUGAAACGAUGGUAAAAAUUAAUUUUGUGAGCAGAGUUUAACCCAUUUUUGCGGUCAUCAUUGAUUUCAAAUUGUAGAUGGAAACUUACCUUAUUGAAUGAAGAUAUAUGAAAAUUUUAUAUUAUAUACACGUCAUAUUUCAAGUAGUA